ACUCAGCACAAGGGCGGCCAUCCCAAAAUGAAGGUUUUCUUCAUCCUCCUGCUGGCAGCCAUCCUGUGCACUGACCCAGGUUCUUCUUUGCAAUGUUAUAGCUGCAAGACAAAACUCAGCAACAGCAACUGUCAGGCCACAAUGAACUGCAAGGAAAAUGAAAUGUGCAAGACAGAUGUAAUCAGGGUUAUAGGGUUCUUCAGCAUCAUCAGCAAGGGCUGUGAGGCAUCAUGUCAAGAAGACUAUCAAGAUUUCAAAGUGGGCAACAGGAAUGUCUCCUGCUGCAGCACCAACCUCUGCAAUGUCAAUGCAGCAGGAAGUGUGAGGAGCAGCUAUGGAAUGGCAGCAGGGAUAUCAGCCAGCCUGCUCUGGACCUUCCUGAACAACAGACUGUGAAGAGGAAACAGAGCUCCCAUGACCACAGAAAGUCUUGAAGCACCCCUGUUAUGAUGGGAAUCAUAGCCGGAUGCAAUUUGGUGUGUUGGGCAUACAGCAUCUUUGGAGCUGAUGGCAGAUCUUAGCCUUAUGAUAGCUUCUUUAUAACUGUUAUUGUACUGCUGUUAGAUAACAAAAUGUGUGUGUGUGCAAUCCACCUAAAAUAAAACUUAAAAUAUACUAA